CAAGAACCAUGGCCACGCCGGCGCGGCUACAGUGCUCACUACAUCCGCAACCACGGGCCCAUCCCACGGCUGCGCAGGGACGACGACGGCUGGGCGACCUGGACCGUCGAGGUGUCGGGCCUCGUCCAACGCCCCGCGCGGCUCGCCGUCUGGGACGUGCUCGCCAAGGAAGGCGCGACGUCUGCUUCGAGGGCGCCGAGAACCUCCCCGGCGGCCGGGGGUCCAAGUACGGCACCAGCGUCACACGUUGCAGUCUUGGUGCAUGUCCAAUCCACACUGCCCUUGACCUCGUUGGCGACUCUAGCACCACCAGCAGCUCACAUGGCGUCCACGCGAUUUAUGAGCGGCACGAAUUCGAAUGCUUGGAGCCGAGCCGCGCCGGGACCAUGUUUACGUACGUGCAGUGCACCGCCGCUACGUCCCGAUGGAAUGCGGGAAAGUGGUCGAAGGGAUGCAGGAGAAGGAGAUCUCCAAGAUGUGUGUUCAAGGCUUCUGCUGAGGCCGUCAGCUACUUUAAUUUGGCUGAGAUUGGAUGGGCCAGAUGGAGGGAUCGCUAAGAACGGAAGGGGGAAGUCAUUCCUGGCAAGUAGAUGGAUCCAUCAAGAAAUAAUGGUGGUAGAGCUCCUUUUAGUGACAUGUCAAGCGCCACUAAUCUAGGUUCUCAAAGCGUCUCCAAUUGGCGGUGAUCGAUGGACUCGGUUAAGGCGUGGGUGGCAGCCAACUAUGUGGAGGCCAUGACGUCGAUGCAGCAGUCGCUGCACGUCCCCUACGUGGUCUUCUCCUUCCGCGUUGCCUUCUUCCUCAACGGCAUCAAAGGCACGCACCCUCCUUGUGAAGUGCUGCCGCGUCUUGGUCUCGCCAUGUUUCGAUUUCAGAGCCUCCUGCCGUGCUUAGGGACGUGGCUGUUAUUCAUGCAUGCCUCAUAACUGACAACGUGGAGAUGGUUCAGGAUGGGACGUGGGGCAAGAUUUAGGGCAACUGCACGGUGGUUAGGGACUUCGCG